CCGCGCAUGCGCGGCGGGCACGCGCCCUGAGCGGCGGGAGGAGGAGGAGGAGGAGGAGAAGAAGGAGGAAAAAGAGGAGGAAAAGGAAAAGGAGGAGGAGCGCACGGUAUCCUGUAGCAUGGCAGGUGAGGAAGACUUCUUUUUGGAGGAGAAAAGAUUCAAGCAGGACUGUGAAGACUUUGUUAAACAUUCGCAGCAGAUAGGAGACGGCUGGGAGUGGAGAACUAGCAAGGACCUUGGUGAUGGUUAUCUUAGUAAGACACAAUUCCAAGUAAGAAAUAGACACAUCCCACCGGACCUCAAGGAGAAGAACAAUGAUAACACUGAACACAUGUUAUUUGCACAUGUAGAAGAGCCCUUGGAUGACUCUCAGGCCGCUGGGGUUUGCAGCACAGAAGUGGUUCGCUAUGAGUACCACAUCCUGUAUUCCAGCAGCUACCAAGUGCCUGUGCUGUAUUUCAGAGCAUGCUUUUUGGAUGGAGGGCCUCUAACUCUGGAUGAAAUAUGGGGAAGUGUUCAUGCAUCCUAUCAGGAUCGUCUGCAGGAGGGGCCCUGGGACACUAUUACACAGCAGGAGCAUCCCAUCCUCGGGCAGCCUUUCUUUGUCCUACAUCCCUGUCGAACCAAGGAAUUCAUUUCUGCUGUGCUGUGUGGCUCACAGGAACACCACAGACAUACAAAUUACAUCAUACUGUGGCUCAGUACUGUAGGCCCAGUUGUGGGCCUGAAUCUGCCUUUGAGUUAUGCAAAACUGGCACCUAAGCAGAGCACAGAUGCUGAUUUGGCUGAAAGAGCCCUGAGCUGAAGGACUGGGAGUGGUUAGACUGUGAUAAAGCUGCUGCAGACUUCCCUAGGGAUGAAGUUGAAGGAUCCUUCCUGGCUGAUCAGAAUGGAAAUGAUUGCUCAUGGCUCUUUCUCUGGCCACAACUUGCCACUGGUGAUGGUAGGAAUUGGCUGCAGCUGUGAGGACACUUUGCCAGCACGAUCUAGACCUGACCUCACUUGAAGUCACUCAUCUCCUGCCUCCUGUGCCUGUGCCCUUGGUGAGGCUGCACACAGAUGCACAAGCCAGAGCCUAGCUGCUAGAUCUGCUGAACUUACCUCUAGAAAAUCUGCGCUAUCUGUGGGGCAGAAAAUGCAAUAUAAACACAGAAAAAUGCUCAUGGGAUGUGGUGUGAGCUUAUGGCAGUCAGGGUGUGGGCUGAGACUGCUUACCUGGGAGUCACCUGGUCCACCAGAACCUGGUGAAGGACCAGCCCGUGUUCCCCAGCACACAGAACAUCCUCAUCCCAGGAAUAUCCCAUACACGUCACAUGUGAGGGAGCAAAUGGGGUCGGGACUGUCACCAACAGAGCCCUUGGUGCCUUCAUCAAGUGAGCAUGUCCAGCUCCGGAGCUCAGGUGCCUGGAGCAUGGUGUGGGAACAUCUGGCUCUGCCAUGCUCUGCUGCCUGCCAGGGAAGCUGUCCAUGCCCCCUGGGAGCUGCUGUUGUUCCCAAUUAGUGUUUCUCGUUCUAGUUGUCGUUGUUCACAGGUUUGCUCCCUACCCUGCACUGCUUCGGCAGCCUCUCCUGACAGCUGUUGGUUUUUGGGAAAUUGCCUGGUGGUGCUGCCACUGACAACCAGAUUAUGAGGAACUUCCCCACCACCCAUCUCUCCCAAUCUCGUUUUAUUUGCAGUGCAAAACGGAGUCUGAGCAGUUGACACUGAAACACAGAUUUUACUUUGUACAUUCAGCAAUUGUCACUUGCACACAGUCUAGUGUGUGCCACAUCAGAAUGGGGAGUGUGAAAUGCAUCCAGAUUCUGGUUUUUCAGAUUAUGUUUUUAACUUCCCUUACUUGUCAUUGGUGGAUAUGAAAUACAGAGUGCAGUCCUUCAAAUUCCAUUGGUGCGGAAUUUGUUUGCCAGACAUUUGGCAUUAAUAAUGAAAGCACAUUUUUUAUUUUGUUCUGAGUCAUAACAACCUGAAAAGCCAUUUUUCCCAUGUAAGAUUUACAAAAUAUAGCCUGCAGCUACAUUGAUUUUUUUAACAUUUUUGGUAACACGUGCUUGAUAAUUGCAUCCACAGCCCAUUUUUAAAUUUUAAUGAGACUUAGACAGGAGGAAGAACCAACAAAAAGAGGUAACAGCAGGUUUAAGAACUGUUAAAUGUUCAUCCCUGCUCUGUGAUCUUCACUUGUGAUACCCUGGAACAGAAGAAUAGACGCACUCAGCCUUCAAAAUGUGGAAUGUAUAUGCAAAUGAAAAUAAAUAUUUUUAUUUUACAUGGGAAAAGUCUCUAUGGUCAUUGCUUUCUACCUUAAUUUACCAUUUGCAGCCAAAGAAGAGGAUUAUUUGACCAGGGCAUUACACAUUGUUCUGGGCUCAAAGGAGGUGACAGUGCAGUGUCUCAUUAGUAUCAAUGUUUCCCUGAAAUUUACCUGGAAAACCAAAAUUCAGCUCGGUUAGUACAAAUACAUGGAGGUUAGAAAAAAAAGCAAAUACAGGCUAAGAUAAAUAUUUGCGACCAAGGAGAUAAAUAAGCCUGUUUGGUUAUCUCCAUUUUAAUGGCUGGGGUGGGAGGUAGGCACCAAAUUUCCUGUUUACAUUUAUGCCUUAAUGAAUUAGGAUAUCU